UCAGUGUAGACUGUGCCAUGGAAGACAUAUGAGUAGGGAACAUGAAUAUUUAACUUUUACUCCUCAAGUUUCACCAGCAGAGACCAAUAGAGGGUGAAUGGUUUGAGGACAGUUAUUGUGUAAUUGUUACAGCUCUCUACAACAUGCCUUUAAGUGUCCUGAGAUGUUCAACGAGUAUGAUUGUCACAGGUGGUGAUAAACUGCAUGUUUUAGCUUAAUCUGUGUUAAUUGCCAUUGUAACCCCUCUAAAUGGGUGGUGCAUGUGGAUCUGUGCCCACAGUGGCAGGGGAAGGUGCAGAAGAGCCCUUACCUGAAGACACAGAGGAGCAGCUGAGUACUGGAGAUGGCACCCUUGAGUUCAGUGGACGAAAGAUGAAUCACCUCCCAGCAUCGAUAUGUACUCUUGGUGAUCAGCUUUACAAGAUGUACUUGAGUGGAACAAUGAUAACGGAACUACCCGAUGACCUCUACCAGCUUCACAAUCUGCGUACUUUGGCGCUUGAUGCAAACAAACUUCCAGAAUUGCCGGAAGCUGUGUGUUCCCUACCACACCUUGGCCGCCUGUACCUUGGUGCAAACAGGCUACAGGGAUUACCCAUGUCGUUUUCACGUCUCCAAACUCUACGUACCCUGUGGAUAGAACGGAACUUUUUGCAUCACUUUCCACCGGUGUUGCUGAGCAUGCCUGCCUUGCGCUGUCUGCAAAUGGGGGACAACCGUUUAAAGGGGCUUCCAGGGGACAUUGCUACAUGUAUGCCAGGCCUAAAAGGUCUGUGGCUCUAUGCAAACAGACUAGAACGUGUGCCGAAAGUUCUCCUACGUUUACAUGGUUUGGAGAUUCUAGAUCUGGACCGGAACCGCAUUGCUGUGUUCCCAGAUAUGAGCGGAUUGAAAGGAUUGCGCCUAUUAUCCUUUGACCACAACCCUGUGAAAGCACCUCCAAAAGUGGGGGAAACUGUUACUCUCGUGGGAGAAGGUGCUCAGGAGUUCAUGGAAGAGCGGGAAGAGCAAAGGAAGCAGAGAGAGGAGGAAGCGAUGGAGGAACAGGAAAGGGAGCAGCAAGAGAAGGAGGCAGCAAAGGCAGAGGGAGGUGAAGAAGGAGAAGGGGAGGAAAAGCAGGAAGAAGAGCAAUAUGAUGAGGAAGAGGCAGAGCAGGAGAACCCUAACACCGAUCGUUACUCUGGGAACAGGGAGGGGGACUACUAUGAGGAAGAUGAUGAGUAUUACCUAGAGGAGGAAGAAGAAGGCUAUUAUCCACAUGAAGAAGAGAAUUAUUACACAAGAGGGAUUUAUUGAUUUAUUGUUUUUUAAAUUAUAAUCAGAAAUUACUGCUCAGAGAAAUGUAUACUAAAGACUACAGGUACCUACAUCCCAAAAUGAUAUUUGAAUAGAAAGACAAAAUGGGUGAGUCAAGUAGUAUUUUUCUGGUACUGUCACGAGACAUUACAACAGCUUUAAAAAAAAUGUUUUUAUUUAACAUUGUGGUUAAAAAAUAUUGUGAAAGGAAG